AGGCCUCUUCUCGCGGCGCGUUCUCCAGAGUCUCGCGAUCAACGCGGUUUGGGGGCCGCGUCUAGCCCCGCGCUGUGGCCGCCGCAGCGAGCGUGAGAUAUUUGUGGAGCACCUGCUAUAUACCAGCUUUGGGGAUAUAGUGGUGGAGCACAAAGAGACUUACCUGGUCUUUGCCUUUUUAGAGCUGCAGUCUAGUAUGGAAGACAAACAUUAGUCAAAUAAUCACAGAAAUGGAAAAUAAUAUUGAAACUGGAGGAAAAGAUGCUGGAGCCACAGGAGAAUGGCUUGAUUGACCUACCAGAUUAUGAGCAUGUAGAAGAUGAAACUUUUCCUCCUUUUCCACCUCCAGCCUCUCCACAGAGAGAAGAUGGUGAAGGAACUGAACCUGAUGAAGAGUCAGGGAGAGGAGUACCUGUUCCUGUACCUCCAAAGAGAACAGUUAAACGGAAUAUACCCAAGCUGGAUGCUCAGAGAUUAAUUUCAGAGAGAGGGCUUCCAGCAUUAAGGCAUGUGUUUGAUAAGGUGAAAUUCAAAGGUAAAGGUCAUGAGGCUGAAGACUUGAAAACGCUAAUCAGACACAUGGAGCAUUGGGCGCAUAGGCUAUUCCCUAAGCUGCAAUUUGAGGAUUUUAUUGACAGAGUUGAAUACCUGGGAAGUAAAAAGGAAGUUCAGACCUGUUUAAAGCGAAUUCGACUUGACCUGCCUAUUUUACAUGAAGAUUUUAUUAGCAAUAAUGAUGAAGAAGGAGAAGAUCAUGGCCACGACGUAACGGCUACCCAAUUAGAUCCCUUCUUGACAAACUCACUGGGAAGUGAGAAUUUUGCUUCUGAGUCAAGUAGAAGCCUAACAGAAGAACAACAACAGAGAAUUGAGAGAAAUAAACAACUGGCCUUGGAAAGAAGGCAGGCAAAGCUAUUGAGUAAUAGUCAGUCCCUUGGAAAUGACUUGUUAAUAAACACACAGACCACUGAAGAGGUUAAUACAGAUGAGGAUCAAGAGGAGUCAUUGGGUGGAUUUAACAAAGACAUUCUAGAUAAUCCACAUGAUGCUGCUGCUGCUGCCAAUACUGUAAAUGAAGAGGACGAAUUAAAAACAGAGACAACACAGCUGGACCAUUCCUUUUAAAAUGUAUAGUCAUUAACUUUAUGCUUUCUCCAGAAAUGUUACUGAGAUUGGACAGGCUUCAACUAAGAGAAAAUCUAUUAACUUCUUACCCUCUAAGUUUUAGAUUAGUAUGUAUUUUGUCUACUUGGAGUGAAAAUUCUUAUGUAGUAAGACUUUCACAGAUUUCUGUUUAAAAUAUUGUAUUUGUAUUUAUACUUGUUUCUUUAGUUGAGCCUGUUUAUUUAAUGUUUUUUAUAUAGAUGUGACUUUAUAAAAGCGAUUAGUAGUUAAGAAGCACCUUUGCUGCUAGAGUGCCAUUGAAUGUCGUUUUCACUAAAUUGGGGAUUUUGAGAUGUAAAUAUAUAAUAAAUAUUAAUGUCCAUUAACAAAAAGAAAUCUUAGGGGCGCCUGAGUGGCUCAGUGGGUUA